CGCUCCCCUCCAGGCCCCCUCCCCGGCUGCCGCCCGGGCUGCCCGCGGCGCUGCCGGGCCCCGGUAACCCCCCCGGUAACCCCCGGUGACCCCCCCGGUGACCCCCGGCGGCGGCCGCUCGCCAUGGCCGGGCGCUGCCCGCUGGUCGAGGACAGCUUCAGCCGCUUCGGGGCUCAGAGCAACGUGUACGGGCUGGCGGCGCUGUCGGGGGGCGGCGGGGCCGGGCCCGGGGGGCUCCUGGCCGCGGCUCUCAAGGGGCCGCUCGUGCAUUUCCGAUACCAGGAGCUGCGGCGGCGGCUGCGGCCCGUGGCCAGAGAGAUGCAGUUCACAUACAUCCCCGUGGACGCCGAGAUCGUUUCCAUCGAUUCCUUCGCCAAGUCGCCGCCGCAGCGAGGGCUCGUGGUCGGGGUCACGUUCAUCAAAGACCCCGGGGACAAGCCCAGCCCCUUCCUCAACAUUUACUGCGACUACGAGCCGGGCUCCGAGUACGACCUGGACUCGGUGGCACAGAGCUGCCUGAACCUGGAGCUGCAGUUCACCCCCCUCCAGCUCUGCCACGCUGAGGUCCGCGUGGGGUCCCGGCCUGAGACCGUGUUCCUGCUGAGCGGCACCGACCCGGCCGUGCGGCUGUACCGGGAGAACGCAGCGUCCCACCAGUUUGAGGAGCAGCCCCUGUCCCAGCUCUUCCCCGAGCUCCAGCAGCUCCCCAGCAGCGUCCUGUGGCUCGACGUCUGCAACCUGCCGGGCACCGACCAGCGCCUCACGGCCUUCGGCUGCCAGAACGGCUACGUCCGUGUGGCCAGGGUGGCCCAGGCUGAUGGCGCCAUUCUGCAGAGCUGCAGUGUCCAGCACGACGGCCCCGUCUCCUCCGUGCUCAUCUUCCCGGACCCCGCGAUGGCGGCUGAGGGCGAGGCAGAAGCCCGUGCGUACGACGUGCUGGUGGCCAGCGCCAUCGAGGUCGCCGUGGUGUACCGUGACGUCAUCAGCAACGGCCUGGCGCGGCAGCUGGCGCUCCCCGGCAGCGACCGCUUCGACAGCGUUGUGUGCGCCCUGGCCACCGACAUCGACUUCGACGGGCGGCCCGAGGUUCUGCUCGGCACCUACGGGCAGGAGCUGCUGUGCUACAAGUCCGUCCCGGGCCCGGCCGGCGGGUUCCGCCUGUGCUGGACGCGGCGCUUCCCCAGCCCGCUGCUGGCGCUGCUCUACACCGACCUGACGGCCGACGGCCUCCGCGAGCUGGCCGUCGUCUGCCUCAGGGGGCUCCACGUGCUGCAGCACGGCCUGGACGCGACGGCCCGGUGCGUGAUGGAGCGGCUGCGGCGGAAGGUGGCGGCGGCGGCCGAGUGACGGCGGCCAUGAGGCAAAUGGCGGCAGGGCCGGGGGGCCGAGGGGGGGCGGGUGGGAGAUGUGGGGCAGACCCACA